CACAUGGGGAAAAUAAGCCGGUUUAGCAGGCUUUGUUGAAAGGAUACGGAAGAAGACCUAAACGGUUUUCUGAGACGGCACGGGUACUCGUAAAAAGAGAGAGAGAAGGAGAAAGAGCGAGCGAGAUUGGGGCAGAGCGCGCACGUGUCUGCGCAGGAGCUACAUCUGUACGCGCUUUUCAGCCAAAAACGCGCAGGCAGCGGCGCUGUUAAAACGUGUUGUCAAAAAAACAGAAAAGCAUACGAAGGCUGACAAUCGCCAAGCGCCCUCUAGAAGAAACCGAAACCAGUGGAAAGGAUGCUGCGCUUACGAGAAACAGAUGUAUCCAGUCUAGUGGAGGGAGCGCAGGGAACGGUGCAUGAGCGACCCGCUGCAGCCGCCGGACAAAAGCACCUGCCUCAGAGGAAGACCCCCCGUUCUUUGCUGCUUCUUUCCUUUUUUUGAAACCUGGAUUUGUCGCUCAAGAUUCACAUCUUGCAUCCAGUGAGGAAACAAGGGCGCCAUGAAACUAAUCAACACCCAGCCAAUUUUGGAAAGCCCAUAGAGCCCAGGACAAGAAAACAAAGACAGUUCUGUUUAAAUCAUUUUUGAUCUAGAGGGAGCUGCAGAAAUGCCAGACUCACCAGCACCGCCGCUCUAUAUAUUCAUGGAGGUGCUGAUAGCGGUCGCGUCUGUGAUCGGGAAUGUGAUGGUGGUUUGGGCGGUGAAAAUUAAUAAGUCCCUGCGAGACACCACGUUUUGCUUUGUCGUUUCUCUGGCUGUGGCGGAUAUUGCUGUGGGAGCGCUUGUCAUUCCACUGGCCAUCACGAUCAGCAUCGGACUUCAGACUCACUUUUACAGCUGCCUACUCGGGACGUGCAUCUUGCUGGUGCUGACGCAAAGUUCAAUUCUGGCCCUGCUGGCCAUCGCGAUUGACCGCUAUCUCAGGGUCAAGAUCCCUACCAGGUACAAGCGGGUGGUGACCCCUCGGCGGGCAGGCCUGGCUGUAGUGAUAUGCUGGUUGUUGGCAUUCAUUGUGGGAUUGACACCCAUGUUAGGCUGGAACAAUCGAAAUCACCUCCAGGAGAACAGCUCGUUCCACAACAUCACCUGCAAGUUUGAAAAUGUCAUCAGUAUGGACUACAUGGUUUACUUCAACUUCUUUGGCUGUGUGCUGCCGCCGCUGCUACUCAUGCUGGGCAUAUAUGUGGAGAUCUUUUACAUGAUCCACAAGCAGCUUAACAACAAGAAAAUUACCUCCAGCUACUCAGACCCAAACAAGUACUAUGACAAAGAGCUCAGUCUUGCCAAAUCUUUGUUCCUGGUGCUUUUUCUGUUCGCCAUUAGCUGGCUCCCCCUUCAUACAAUCAACUGCAUCACGCUGUUCUGCUCCUCGUGCUACAAGCCACAAAUUCUUCUUUACAUCGCCAUCCUGCUCAGUCAUGGCAACUCUGCUGUAAACCCAAUCAUCUAUGCCUUUCGCAUUAAAAAGUUUCGCACGGCAUUUCGGAAAAUCUGGCACCAGUACUUCUGCUGCAAGGAGACACCGGCGCUGGACUUCCAGCAAAGUGACAGAAGAGACACGCCCAAUCCAGAGCCGCAGCCAGCCACGCCGCUGCAGCCCACUCAUGUGGGGGACUUUAAAUGUUAUCCUCCCCUAGAGCUCCGGCAGCAGCAGCCUCCACUCAGCAGCCUCCAGUAGAGCAGAAGAUUAAAACACCUCAGCAAACUUACCCAUUUAUUGGAGCAGAACACAGCCUGUUUAAAGGAGCAAAUUGGAUGGUUAAAGAAGUAACCUCUUGUGCACAAGUAGUGGCUCUCUCCUAAUUUGAAUGUAGCUCGAUGAGAAUCGUGGAUUGCAGCCCGAUGCUGCAAAGCUUUUGCAAAUUGGGUCUCUGGAAGAUGAUUCAUCAUUCCUCAGGAAGAGCAAACAUGGACAUAAUGCAGGACUGAAGAGCCUGCAAAAAGGAAAAUCUAUUGUACUGUGUACUUAUCUUAGUAAGACCCUGAACACAUCCAUCCAUCCAUCCAUCCAUCCAUUUUCUUACCCGCCUAGUCCCUUAUGGGGUCGCGGGGAUGCUGGUGCCUAUCUCCAGCGUUCACUGGGCAAGAGGCGGGCUACACCCUGGACAGGUUACCCUGAACACAUGAAGCUUGAAAUGUUUUAUUCUUUAAUGUGAAACAGUUCUUAUGAACUUCAGAAAAUGUGCAAUCUAAGUUAUUGUGGUUUGUCAUAUGAUUAUGUAUAUAUGGUACAACUUGCCUGAACAUGUAUACAUCUAAUAGAGCAGGGUUAUCCUACUACCCUAAUACUGUGUGUAUUCUAACUGACUCUGUCUAAACAAAUAUGAUUGUAAUCAUGUAAAUAUGAGACUGCAUUCAACUGUGAAUGCUCGACCAAUCUUCAGGGGCUAAAUUGCACAACGUGUGCAGGAAGCAGCAUUACGAGACAGAAUAUUGUAAUAAUAUGGUGGGAAAAGGUUUUGUAAGCAGUUACUGUCUCUCUUCUGAAGCUCAGACCUCAGGUGAUCCACCUGCAGUUUUCCAUUGCAGGGGAGAUUGACGGGGAUACAAAUAAGCACACAAAGGUUGUAAAAUUUUAAAAGCUACAUGCAGGACAUUUGUAGCAGCUCACGGGGGAGAAACUCAAGAUGCUGUCAGAGCUCAUGUUUGUUCAGCCUCCAUGUCAGUACGUUGUGACUGCAGAGCUGUUUUUUCAUUGUUACAUCAUGACGGUUUACCAUCACCGAUUGUGGCUUUCAUGGGCUUAUUCAAACAUUUAACGGAUGCCGAGUAAAUUAUGAAAUGUUAACCUGAAGAUUGUGAGUAUUCCCUGACCUGUAAGCUUGUUAGUUUGCAAACUGCAAACGAUUAGUUUGCAAACUUCUUUAGAUUGAUAAUUAAACUAUGUCCAAUGCCUCUUAAACACACUGUUUGAAAAUGUAAAGCUGUUGUUGUCUUUUGUGAAGACUCAGACUUCUAGCCAUACCUCUUCAUUGACAAUCUCCCACUUAAAGGGAAAGUUCAAGGUUUUUGAAGUGUAAAUAGUCAGAAUCUUAACCUACAGUUACUAAUGUUCUUGGAAACCUCAUUUUGGAUAAAUCCAGACUACCUGUAAGAUAACAGCAAUUUCAAGCUGGUCAAAGAGGACUUAUUCCCCUUUAACAACUAUGGUUUAAAAAUGGUAUAGUGGUUUAUGGGAAUGUUAUUAUUUGAACUUCCAAAUGUUGCCACAUUUGGAUUGGGUGUGCCACAAAUGAUCCUUCUGCAAAAAAUAAAUAAAUAAAUGUACUGAGAACAAAACAUAUAAGGAGUUUCCUGUCAGAGAGACUACCAAAUAGAAAGUUAAGACAUUGUAAAAGUCACAAAUAUAGGAUUCACUUAAACUGCUCUAAUAUUUCUUCCUGUUAUGUCAGAGGCUGAAUCUAACUGCUAGUCCAAGAUGGGCCACAGCAGACUACUACCAUCAUAAAACAAGAUAACGUUUUCACAAAAACGAUAUUUUAUGAAACCUCAGCUCAUUCUUAUGUUUGCUUUGGUUUAGUUUUUACACAGAAGCCAAUGCAUAUUUAAGUGGUAAAUAGCUUGUACUUGUAUAGUGCUUUAACUAGUCUGACAACCCCAAAGCGCUUUACACAAUAAUCAGGCAUUCAUCCAGCCACAUUCACACCCUGACGGUGGAAAAGGAAGGUGGGAAGGAGUGCAUCACCAAUGAUCUUCCUGUUUGAAACUUUUUCUGAGAAUAGAAAAUGAAAAGCAAUUUUGACUUGAGUAUUUACUACCCAAUGAAAGGUAAUCUAAUGGAAAAAUUACUACUUUAACAUUUUUCAGCUGCUCUGACCAGAAACACUUUAUUUUUCUCUCAGUAUAUGUUCCACACAGUGGUGGUGCACCACCUUGAAAAUCAAUUACCCUGACUGCAUAAUUAUCUGCUUAUGGGUAAAUAAUAGGAGUGUAACAAAACAUCGAUCCACAUCGAUAUAUCCAUUAAAUGAUUAACGGUCCAAUUAUGUCGAUGCAAAAUCAAAACAUCAAUCCAUAUCUUCAUUUUUAAGAUACGUCUUUAUUUUAAGAUUCACAAGGCAUGAUACUACAGUGAACAGAUGAUCUAUGAUUACUAUUUUAUAAUUAGUAGAAUGUUGUUUUUUAUUUAAAUGCCUGAUACCUGUAAGUGCUUAGAAAUAAAAUGGUCAAAUCA